UCUCUUCCGACAGCAUUAUUUGUAAUUUAGCUAGUGAACUAUCUACAAAUAAGUUGAAAGCUAUCAAUAUAUCGGCCAGCUAAAAUAUAAUUCUUUUGUUCACCAACCGUAUAAAUACAUGAAGCUUGUUUCGAUUCGCUUACUUGCGAGGAUCAGUGGAAAGAAGUAGACAUUAAUUAAAAGCUAACGAAGCUAAUGGUAAAGCUGAUAAUUUACUAAUCAUCACAAUUGUAAAGCAUUCUGACAGGAAAGAAGAAAAAGGGGGUUAAGAACGUGUUUAAGGAAAGUGAAAUAUGCAGACGACAAUUUCUAAAAUACAAUAAUAUUAUCUGUAAGAAUUGAAUAAAAACUUACAACUCAUGAGCACACGUCCUUCUUCUAUAUAUCAGAACAAAAUAUAUCAGAACAAAAAAAAAUCACAGAAACAAACAAUUUGAAUAGGCAGCAAGUAUUGUUGUAGCAGAAAAUGUGGGUGCUGAUGUCAAGAAAAAGGAAUAUAAUGGGAGUGAUAAAAGAAAACAUCCAUGGUGAAAAAGAAGAAUACAGGUGGGGUUAGAUAUGCACUCGGAGGCCAUUUCUGUGUUAGCCCGAAAAGAGGUGAAGCUUAAAAACGAACAAAAAUACAGGGCACUGAAAAAAGAAGUACGAUAUUGAAAGAAAGGGCUUGAAAGUGGUAAUAGAGGAACUGAAACGACGCCUCGCUGCAAAGAAAACAAAGAUGGAAUGAAGACGUCAAAUCAAUACCCUAUGAUUCUCAGCCGACUGCAUGUUUUAACAAUUAUUUUUAUCGCGAUUUUGAGAACUGGUGCAUCAAACUAUGACGUGCAACUCUUUCGGAAAACAACUGAGUCAGAAUGCUUGAAACUUCCAAUUGUACGUACCGAAUAUACGUCGUCCGUCACAGAAUGUGCAUUACGGUGUAUGAUGAAUGACACGUGUGGCUAUUUUAGCUAUUGUAAUGGACCGUGCAAAAUGUAUAAAUUGUUCUACUGGCAAUAUAAUUACCAUACUAAAUGCGACUGUGUAUCUUAUUUUACGCUCUCUGGAAACCGUACAAGCUGGCAGAAAAUAUUCGAGAUGAGAACAAAUGUGUUUAAAAGGAAUCCUGCUUACAGAUAUUGGAAGAGUUUGUCUAUUGAUAAGGUGAAACUCAUAUUGAGAAAAAAUGAUACAGAAAUUCACUCAUUAACUUUCACCGCAAGAAAAACCAAUAUCAGAUCGUGGUUCCAUUCUAGUAAUCUCAUUUCAAAACCAUGGUUUGGAAAAAUAACAGCAAACUACACGUUCGAUGACAAGGAAGAAAGGUUUACCAUCUUGCCAGGUGGUUUUCGAUUCAAUGUGAUGGUAGCAAGGAAGCACAAGAAAGGCUAUUAUAAAAUUCACUACAGGAAGGUCGCUGGUGAUAAACAUCCAAUUAAAGUAGAUGCCAUGGAGGUCUACAUAUUAUUAAUGUAGAGUUUAUAUUAUUUCUGAAAUUAUGUAACCUAACAUAUAUAUAUAUAUAUAUUUCUAUAUAUAUAUAUAUAUAUAUAUAUAUAUAUAUAUAUAUAUAUAUGUACAUACAUGCACACAUACAUACAUAUAUACAUAUGUAUGUGUGUAUAAUUCUUUCACACGUGUAGUGUUGACAGUCGCUUUGAAAACACCCCCAGUUAAGCCAUCAUCGGACGGUGGGAUAUUUUAGUUCAUCUUGACUUUAUAUUGUCACUGUGAAGUUAAAAUUUUGGCGAGUCGUAGAAUUCUGUUGCUUUGGAAGAUUUUUUUGUUUGAAUUUGGAGCUGUGUUAUUUUUCGUAAUUUACUGCAGUACCAUUUCACUUAAAAUAUCAUAAUGCAUAGUGAAAAAGUGAAUAAAAUUUUAUUUCUGUAGUCAUUUUCUUCUGUUUCAACGCUUGUUUCUUUUUUCUACUUUGUAACAAUACUAACUUCAAUGUCAUCUGCUUUUCUCACAAGCUGGCUGGAAGCAAACCACUAGAUGUUUUUCUCAUUUGCUAUUUCAUGCAUGUAUAUUUUACAACAUAUGUGCGCGUGCACAUUCGCACGUCAUCUACAUGAAGACUGAUUUCUUAAUAUUAGUAAAAUUUUAUUAUUUUUGUAUUUGUAAACUGAAGACAUGUGACUUCUUUCAUAAAAACAUAUUAAAAAUGUCUCUAAAAUUGUAUUUUCAACUGAGUUACUGAGACUCAUUUGAAUGUCUUGAAUAUUUUGUAGCAUUGAGAUAUAUUUAUUUUCACUAAUAAAAACAUAAUAGUGUCGGACAAAAA